AUGGACAAGCUCAAGUUGGCUCAAUGGGGAGAACGCUUGCGCACUGGCGGUGCUCAGAUGAGCUGGGUUGUGGGUGAUAAGAUGAAGGAAAUUCUGCAGGCUCCGACUCUCGAAUCCAAGAUGGUGGACGAGGCCACAACGGAGACCCUGGCGGAGCCGAAUUGGGGAUUGAAUUUGAGGAUAUGCGCUCUGAUCAACAUUGAGGAGUUUAAUGGUGCGGACAUUGUGAGGGCCAUAGAAAGAAAGCUUUCAGGGAAGAGCCAAGUCAGCCAGAGAUUGAGCCUUGAUUUGCUUGAGGCCUGUAGUAUGAAUUGCGAGAAAGUUUUCUCUGCAGUUGCUUCAGAGAAGGCCUUGGAUGAGAUGAUGAAGAUGAUUGACAACCCUCUGUCUGAUCUGGCGAAUGGGAAUAGGGCCUCACAGUUGAUUGCAGCUUGGGGUGAAUCCGAGGAUCUAGAGUAUCUGCCUGUUUUUCGACAAACUUACAUGGUAGUUUCUAGCUUGAAAGAAAGAAGUAUGUUAGCCGAUGGAAAUGCACCUCCGAUGCAAUACUCGCUGGAGUCGUAUCUCGAUCACCAGCCUCUAUCUCCUCCUGGAAGCUAUCCUGUUCCUAAUUCAGGAGUGCCGCCUGGCUUUGAGCAUGCUACCUUCAGAGAGAACUAUCAUGGUCUAUCAGUGGAAGAAAAGAAUGAAGUUAUUGUAACAACUAGGAAUAGUCUCGAACUUCUUUCUAGCAUUUUAAAUGCAGAAGCAGACCCAAAACCCAUCAAGGAGGAGCUAACAGUGAGCUUGUUCGAGAAGUGCAAGCAGUUGCAGGCUGUUGUGCAAAGGCUUAUAGAGAGCACCACCGAUGAUGAGGCGAUGCUGUUUGAGGCCCUCAAUCUCCAUGACGAACUCGAGCGAGUCAUCUCCCAAUAUAAAGAUAUGGAAGCUGGCUUACAGUUUGCCGAGCAAUCGGCUAAAACUCCUGAAACUUCGUUGAAGCCUGAUCCGGCAGUUAUUGUUGUGAAUCAGGAUAAUGCGAAGUCAGUAGAUCAGCCAGACAAUGGUGUACCACCGAAUCAAAGCGAUGGGAGAGAGCAAUUAUCGACUUCAGUGCUGGGAACUGAGAAGUUGGCGUAG